GUUUAAAAAAGUUUGCGAGCAAAUUAUAUUUCUAUGAUAAACCCGAACAAAUUCCUAUCGAAUAUCAAUUGCAAGAUUAUUGUAUCAUCUGCAAUAAAGUAAUUUCGUCUGAUCUAUACGAACCCAUUAUUAUAUGGACAUGCAAGCAUCUUUCUCAUUGGUCAUGCAUGAUUAGUAAAGAUGGGUGUCCCUGUGAAAAUGAAGAAGAAAUUGAAAUUAGUGCAGAUGAAAAUGUAGAAUCAGCUGCAAGAGCGUUAAUGCAGUUAUCACAAGAUGAUACAAACGCUUUUAAUUUGGAAGGAUCCAACGAAGAAAUACGCGAAUUAACACCAAAAAAAAAUAAGCCAAAAAAAAAUGAGCUAAAAAAAAAUGAGCCAAAAAAAAAUGAGCCAAAAAGAAAUGAGGCAAUAUGCCAAAAUUCAAGAAAUUUCCAAGCAUCAAAUGAUACAAAUAUGUUAUACGAUGAAAGAAUUGAUGAACGAUCACCUGAUUUCCAACUCACUGACGAUAGUGAGGAAACAAUUUCGGAAACAAAUUCUUCCUCAGACAUGGAACUAUCUCCUUUAAAAUCGAAACAAUCUCAAAAAGAGAUUAAUUUAGUCUCUUUGGAACCUGAUUCACAAGAGAUUAAUUUAGUCUCUUUGGAACCUAACUCACAAGAGAGUCAAGGAUCUUCAAAACAGUUGCCAAACUAUCCCGUAUCGGCUAAACAGUUGCCAAACUAUCCCGUAUCUUCUAAAAAUUCUAAUAAGAAGAUACCAAUGGACGAAUUUAUUAAAAAAUUAACCACUGCCUCAUCUGACAAUAUGUAUGUGUUUGUAAAUGAGAGUGCUGAAGAAGAUUCUAUUGAAGAAGAUUCUAUAGCAAAAAAAUUAGCUCAAUUAUUCGCAACGGCUUGUGGCAGUGAAA